AUGGUAGAACCGGAUGAUGGACGGAGCAAGGAUAAGAUGGGGCUGUAUCAGUGCACGGCAUAUGUUAUUGGCAACAUCAUCGGCUCGGGCAUCUUCAUCACCCCCGGUGGUGUAUUAGCACAGACAGGCUCCGUCGGUCUCUCACUCCUCGUCUGGGUCGGCUGCGGCAUCAUCUCACUUUUGGGCGCCGUCUGCUACAUCGAGCUGGGCACAAGCAUCCCCGACCCAGGAUGUGACUUCGCCUACGCAUGCUUUGUCGGCUGGGACAUUAUCGCUUUCGCCUUCAUGCUGGUGAGCGUACUGGUCACCUUCCCAGCCAGUGCUGCCGUCCAAGCCCAGACACUUGGUCAAUACAUGAUCGAGGGCCUCAGCAUCAGCAUCGACCCAUCGUGGCAGAGCACGGCUUCCAGAAGUAUCGGCUUCUUGUGUCUUUUCGUCCUCAGCUUUGCCAACUUCUAUCCGAUCAGCAAGAUCGCCGCCCGGAUUCAGACGGUCAAUACAGCUGCUAAAGUGCUGUCGAUGUUGCCGAUCAUCGGGGCUGGUUUUUAUUUUCUGGUCUUUCAAGGCAAGACUGAAUAUGUCAGCCAGCCCUUCGCCGGCUCAAUCUGGGACCCAGGAAUGCUCGGGCUCGCUUUCUACGGUGGAUUGUGGAGUUAUGCCGGCUGGGAAGUGCUCAACUAUGGUACCCCAGAGAUUGACAAACCGAGAAGGACGAUGCCACUGGCCUUAUUUUCUGGAAUCACAAUCGUCACUGUCAUCUACGCCUUCAUCAACUUUGCCUAUUUCGUCGUGCUCCCCGCCAAGCAGAUCAAGACCAGCAAUGCCGUGGCGGCUGACUUUGCCGAGGUCGCGUUUGGAUCUUUCCGUUUCUUGAUCCCGUUCAUGAUCGUGAUCCUCUUGCUCGGCACGAAGAUUCCGGUUGAUACAGGUGCCAUCCGGAUGCCGCUGCCACUCUCCCUGAUCUUUACCGUCAUUUCGAUUGCCCUGGUGCUCGUGCCCUUCUAUCAAAAUCCAGAGCGGGGUGGUGUUUAUUUGUUUCACACGCACAUUCACACCUAUUACACGAUGCUGACACACGCACUAACGCUGUGUACGACGGUUUUGCUGCUUGCUGUGACCAAUGCGGAAAACAGAAGAGUGCAACUAAUUUUUCCAUCUGCGCAAGAGCAAGGACUGAACAAUGAAGAAAAAGAGUAUCAGCGAAACCCCGCGAAGUCAGCCGAGAAGCUGGAUCCCAGAGCAACCUGGUAUAUUCCUGGAGGUCAGCCGACCUUUCCCAAGUUGGUAUAUGCCUUGAAAUAUGGUUGGCGAGAGGUCUCGGACGAAGAGCACAUGAAGCAAUUAGUAAAAAACGAAGAAAGCGAGCCCCUCUACUGGAUCGUUCGAGCAUUGCCCUGUGCCGCAGAGCCCAUUGAGGGGGCAAAGGUAUUCACCACGGAAAACGGGCAGGCGUACGCCUACUACGGAAGGCCUGAGCUUGUUACCCUCAAAGGGAAAAAGCCU